GUUUGUCUCUUCCCCUCUCUCCUCCCUUCUCCCACCCACCCCUGCUCCCCUCCUCCUCUGCGGGUGUGUUGUGGAGGGGAGGAAGAGCAAGAACCAAGAGCUGCUGCCAACGCCGCACAGCCUGGGCUCUCCGAUCAUUGAUUGCCCAUCUAUUACCUUCCUCUUCUGUGAUAUACAAUCCCAUCUAUCCCUUAUAUAUAUCUCCUCCUGGUUCUUGCUAAUCUCUCCUCUUUUUAGAUUUCGGGGCUUCAGGAUAGCCCCUUCUUUGUGCCGUAGCUUUGCUAAGUAGUUGCUGUUCUUGGGUUUCUUAGUUGCUUUGGCUCUCCGAUUUUCUGGGUCCACGGUUUCUUUGUCCUUCCACCAAAUCUUGCAAUCUUGUUUGAGUUAUUCUGGGCUGUUUUUUCGCCGUCAUGGACGAUAGGAUUCCGCCUCCUUCUCACUUGCAGUAUUCACCCUCUCCUGUCCAUCAUUCUUCGCCUCAUCAUCACCACCUCAAUUCCAUGAGGUAUUCUGCCUCUGACAGAGAAAGAUAUCUGGCUGAGUUGCUUGCUGAGAGGCAGAAAUUAGCCCCAUUUGUUCAAGUUCUUCCCUUCUGUACCAGGCUCUUGAACCAAGAGAUUUUACGGGCAUCUUCUAUGCCACCUAACCAUAAUUUUGUUGAUGCCGAGAGAAUCGAGCAUGGUAGCCCAUUAAGGUUACCUGGCCACCCAGUGAAUGGUCAGCCAAUGGAUCUGGAGGGAUGGCCAGGAAGGCAAACAGAGCAUAUGGGAGUUCUGCAAGCAUCACCAAUGAGCUGGAAUGGUGCUCCACCACAUUCUGGUACCCCUGUUGUCAAGAAACUCGUGAGGCUAGAUGUACCUGUGGACAAGUAUCCUAACUUCAACUUUGUUGGCCGUUUAUUGGGGCCACGAGGAAACUCCCUGAAACGAGUUGAAGCUACGACCCAGUGUAGGGUUUAUAUUCGUGGACGUGGUUCAGUAAAAGAUUCUGUGAAGGAAGAGAAGCUGAGAGAUAAGCCUGGGUAUGAGCACCUCAACGAGGCACUGCAUGUGCUUGUGGAAGCAGAGUUUCCAGCUGAUAUUAUUGAUUCGCGUCUAAACCAGGCUGUGACCAUCCUAGAAGAUCUUCUCAAGCCAAUUGACGAGUCCAUGGACUACUACAAGAAGCAGCAGCUGAGAGAGCUGGCCAUUCUAAAUGGCACUCUGAGAGAGGAGAGCCCAAGCCCCCACCUUAGCCCCAGUGUCUCCCCAUUCAACUCAACUGGCAUGAAGCGUGCGAAAACGGGUCGGUGAUCCGGAGUUGGUCUCUGAUAGAAAAAAAAAAAAACUGGUCGCGAUUCGAUGAUGUGUGAUGAGAAGCUGAUGCUGUACUGCUGGAGAUGAUUGGUGUCGCAUACGCUGGGAUGAUCAUCAGUGCUGGCCUAUGCCUGUCAUGAUCUGCGCACUUUACCAACCGUAUGAGUGAAAGACGGUCCGUGGGUGGUGAAUGAUGAUGGUCUCGGCGGGGUUGAUGUUUGACGCUGUUCCAAUUAUUUAUUCUUUGUGCAAUCUGACCUUUGAGAAAUAUUAACAUUAAUUAUUGGUUUGGGCAAGUUUAACAAGGCCAGUUGGCCAAAGCUGGGAUUCGUCCAAGUGUCGGACAAUAAUUAGUCGGUCGGUCAGGUAUUGUUUAUGCCUGGAAGAAAAUAGCUGUAUUAUCAUAAUGCUGUGUCAAGUGCUGAUGCUUUUGUGUGUGCGUGUGCCAGUGGUACGAGACAACCAGACAAAGCAUUGCUGGGAGACAGGCAAGCUCUGUUAAUGAUGAUCAUUUGCAUUCAUAUUUUU